AUGGACUCAGAAAUCCCAGAACCCUUCCAGAAGGAGCUCACAUGCCUUGUCUUCCUGAAUUUCCUUCUAGACCCAGUCACCACAGGCUGUGGGCACAGCUUCUGUAGGUCCUGUCUUUGUCUUUUCUGGGAACAAGCCGAAGCCUCUGCCAGUUGUCCGGUGUGCAGACAACGAUCAGAACAGACAAACCUCAAAACCAAUUUUCUUCUGAAGAAUCUGGUGUCCGCUGUCAGAAAAGCCAAUCUCAGGCAAUUCCUGAAGUGUGAGGAACAGCUGUGUGGGACCCACAAGCAGACAAAGACGAUCUUCUGUGAAGCUGACAAGAGCUUGCUCUGUUUGGUCUGCUCCCAAGGCAUCUGUAAGGAUUCCUGGAUAAGGAAGGACGAUGGCAUACUGGAUGAGUCCAACAGGGACAAGUUUCUCCUUCUGUGUGUGAAACGGGAUGACCAUUACCAACUCUGGACCACCGCCCCCACCACGCCUCUGUACAUAGAGAGACCUCUGGGCCGGGUUGGGGUGUUCCUUGAUUGUGACAGUGGGAGUAUUAGUUUUGUGGAUGUUGCCAAGCACUCCCUCCUUUGGAGGUAUGAUGAUGGCGUGUGCACUUUCCCUUUCAGGCCCUUCAUCUGCACUGGCCACAGGUGA